AUGAACAACAUUAACGACGUCGUCUUUUCAGGUGAUUAUGAUAAGAAGAAGCCAUGUUCAUCAUCAUGGAUAAGCAGCAUGCUCUUUCGCAGAAUCACACUUGUGUUUUUAGUUGCAGUUUCAUGCCUGGUUUUGCACAAGCAGUUUUCAUCCUUUUCUUUUCCAUUAUUCAUUCCCAAUCAUUGUUCUUCUUCUUCUUCUUAUGGUUCUUCUUCACUUCCCAUGGCUGAUCAUACCAUCCCUCUCCAGGGUAAUUGUGAUUCUGAUGAUUUGGAGAGUGUUUUAAGAGCGGCAUCGAUGAAAGAUAAAACAGUGAUAUUAACUUCAGUAAAUAUAGCAAUGGCAAAGCCAGGAUUUGUACUUGAUGUCUUCUUGGAGAGUUUUAAAAUUGGAAACAACACAAAGAAACUAUUAAAUCAUCUGGUAAUAAUAACACUUGAUCAGAAGGCUUAUGCUCGUUGUUUAGCAAUUCAUCCUCACUGUUUUGCACUCAAAAUUCAAGGCCUUGAUCUUUCAUCUGAGGCUUUCUUCAUGACACCUAUCUACUUGGAGGUGGUGUGGGCAAAAAUUCAUAUCUUGGCUACUGUUCUCCAGAAGGGUUACAACUUCGUUUUCACGGAUGCAGAUGUGAUGUGGGUUCGAGAUCCAUUUCCACACUUCUAUGAAGAUGCAGACUUCUGCAUAACUAGUGAUGCAUAUUAUGGAAACCCUUCUGAUAGGAAAAAUUUGCCAAAUAGUGGAUUUAUGUACGUAAAAUCGAAUCAGAGAACCAUGAAGUUUUACAAAUAUUGGUAUUCAUCAAGAAAAACUUUUCCAGGACUAAAUGAUCAAGAUGUGUUCAACAAGAUCAAAUAUGAUCCAUUCACUGCAAAACUUGGGCUGCAAAUGAAGUACCUUGAUACAGCUUAUUUUGGGGGGUUUUGUGAAUUUAGUAAAGAUUUCAACAAGGUUUGCACAAUGCAUGCAAAUUGCUGUAUAGGUAUGGAAAGGAAAAUUCAUGAUCUUAAGAUGGUGCUUGAAGAUUGGAGAAGAUUUAUGCUGAACACUACAAAUUUAAAACCAUCAUCUUCAUUCACUUGGAGAGCUCCAGAAAAGUGCAGGUAA